AUAAGAUUCUUUUGGAUGUAUUUUGUUUUGAGACACGAACCAGAUUCGAGCUUGCGAUCACAACAUUGCUUAUCAUUUGAAGGAUUUGCAAGGUACUUAAUGGACAAGAGCAAUUAUGCGUUUAUAAAUGAACAAGAAGUGCCUGAUGAAUCUGAUAUGAAUCGACCAAUGUCAACGUAUUAUAUAGCGUCGUCGCAUAAUACAUAUCUAACAGGGCAUCAACUUAAAGGGGAGUCUUCGGUUGAACUUUAUAGUCAGGUUUUACUGACCGGAUGUAGAUGCGUAGAGUUAGAUUGUUGGGAUGGAGAUGAUGGGAAUCCGAUGAUAUAUCACGGACACACGUUCACAACAAAAAUUCCUUUUAAUGCGGUUGUUGAAACAAUUGAGAGAAACGCAUUUAUUACGUCUCCAUACCCUGUGAUACUAUCAAUUGAGAACCAUUGCUCAUUGCAACAGCAAAACAGAAUGGCACAUAUUUUCCAGAGAAUUUUUGGAGACAAAUUGGUAUCAAACUUUUUGUUUGAUACGGAUUAUAGUGAUGAACCAACGUUGCCUUCACCAGAACAGUUAAAGUAUAGAAUCCUUAUUAAAAACAAAAAACUUAUUAUGGAAGUGCCUCUACCCUUGCCAAGUUAUUCUGCAAUGCCAACUCCAAUCACCAGACCAUCUUCAGGAAUGAGACAUUCUGUGCCUGGCCGUACUAGUUCAAUAAUCAGUAACACCAGCAGUAGUUCCUUUAACGACGAUUUUAGUGACGAUGAUUAUGACGAUGAAGAUGAUGAAGACAAUAUUGAUGAAAAGGCUAUGCAUACUAUGCUUUCAACAACGGACUCCCCUCGCUCAUUUGGGAUAGGUCACGUAUCGUCUAAAACAAGCUCUGCAAAACGAGGUUUGCCAGAUGAUAAACUCAAAAAAAGAAGCAGUCAAAUUUCAAAAGAUUUAUCGGAUAUGGUUGUUUAUAUACAAGCAAUAAAAUUUCGUGGUCUUAAUACCAUCAGCCCAAGUAGUUCUGUUAAACAACGCCCAAAACCUGGAAUGUCCAGUUCUGGCAGUUCAAUAGUUACGACGAUUAGUAGUUCUAUAUCAAAUGUAAGUUCAACCGCUGGAGGGCCCUCAAUGGAAACCGAAGCAAUUUUACAUGAACCGGAACCAAAACCAAUUCGCCCAAUUACUCACCCCUGCUUUCAAUGCUCUUCCAUAAAUGAGAACACUGCGAAAAAGUUAUGUCGCAAGCAAUCACUGGCAUUAGUAGCACACACUCAAACCCAGCUAAUGAGAACAUAUCCUGCGGGAAUGAGAAUAGAUUCAUCUAAUUUUAAUCCUGUGAUAUUCUGGUCGUUUGGUAUACAAAUGUCCGCUUUAAACUAUCAAACUGAAGAUAUUGCCAUGCAAUUGAACACAGCCAUGUUUGAAAUGAAUGGCAGGUGUGGAUUCGUAAGCAAACCUAAAGUGAUGUGGGAUAAAUCACACGUAAUGUACCGAAGAUUUAAUCCUUGGGAUAAGACCUUUGACGGUUUACAUUCGGCACAGAUUGUUAUAAAUAUCGUAUCCGGUCAGUACGUGAAUCAAGGAAAUGUUACUACCAGUACUUAUGUGGAAGUUGAAAUUAUUGGAAUUCCAGUAGACUGCAAUAAGCAAAAAACAAAAAUUAUGCAAAAGAAUGCUUUGAAUCCUAUUUGGAACGACACGUUUCAUUUUCGGGUCAUGUUCCAAGGGUUGGCGUUUGUGAGAUUUUGUAUAGUAGAUGCCACAAGCAAUCAUGUAUUAGCUCAAAGAAUACUUCCUCUCAAGUGUUUGCGACCAGGCUACCGGCACUUAAGGUUGCGCUCGCCUCAAAAUCGGUCUUUAAAUAUGUCUACAUUGUUUAUAUACUCGCGCACCGAGGAAGAAAGCAUCGAAAAUACAGAUACAAGCGAUUCGUUAGAUCGAAGUAAAAAAGACGGAAAGGCACAAAGUGACGUAAGCGCCGAUAAUACAUACAUUGGAAUAUCCGGCACGCCUCUUUGCGUUAAACGACGAAUGUUUUUUCUUAUGGUUUAUGGUGUCGUUGCUGAAGAACCAUACACCAUACUAAAGGUUACUCAGGAAAGUAGCACCCAAGAAGUUCUAGCUUUGGCUUUACAGAAAGCAAAUAUAUCUGCCGACAAAAUUAACGAUUACAUUAUAGUAGAAGAAGUAGCAAGAGGGUGGGAAAAGAAAGAUCACGAUUUGCCAUCAACUCAACGUAUAUUAGAUUUAGACGAAAGACCGUUACAGGCGCAAUCUAAAUGGAAAGGAGAGGGAAAAUUUAUUUUGAAACGUAUGGGGGACGAUCCGAGCAGUCGGGCUUGGUUAUCGUCGAUUCGGAGCGUAGCCAAUCGGGAACGCGAAGCAAGAAAAUCAGAUGGAGCACCAAGUAAUGCGUGGGAAGAAAACGACACUUUCCUAGUAUGUAUAUACAAUGUAUCGCCAGAAAUACCUUACUGCAUCCUCAAAGUGCCCCUCAAUGCUUGCUCACAAGAUGUAAUUGCUCAGGCUCUGGUAAAAGCACGAAGACUGGAAGAACCUACUAAUUUUGUAAUCGUUGAAGAAUUAGAAUGGGGCGGAGUUAGUCAUAAUUUACAACAACGAGCCCUUGCUGAUGAUGAAAACGUAUACAGUGCUCAAUCACAUUGGCAAACAAUCGGCAGAUUUAUAAUGCAAGAACGUACUCACGCUACUCCCACAAGUUUGCGAAAAAGUAGAGUUACAACUAGUUUACGAUUGGCAACCUUAGAUCGAAUCAGUCGGGGACUGAAUGCGGCGCGUAGCGUAGCCACAAACAGUAUUAAAGCGCCUGUGCAAGCUGCACUGAGUGAUCCUACCACUUCGAAAUGGAAAAGCAAAUCUAGCGAAGAUAAAAAUAAAGGUUUUGUGCGCGGUAAGGUGAGUUCUGAAAAAGAAAUGCUGCAACCGCGUUCUCAGUGCCAACGCGAAGUACAUUCGGAAGGUGAAACUCUCAGUGACGAUGAUUCCAAAGACUCAGAUCUUCUGGCUGCUGUUUCGCGUCUUAAAAAAGUAUCUCUUCGCAAAUUCAAGGAGUGGAAAUCAUGACUCCUAGACAAAAUAUCAUAGAGUGGUUAGAUCUUUAUAGAAGUUUACCUCUGUUUCAUUAUUAAGAGGAUGUUGAAUGUUAAAUCAAUUUUUUGUAAUGGUAAAACAGAACUUACUUAAUUAAACAAGAUCACUUUUAGUAUCUUAUCCUAAAUUACUUUUCAAUGAUAUGACAAUCAGCCACAUUGAUGAAACUAAUUAUAGUUUGAUUUAACAUUUAACUUCUUUCUCACCAAGAAACACCAUCAGAGGUGUUAUAUUACUAGUUAUAUGUUAGAAGUUUAAUUUAAAAAGAAAGGGAACAAACGAUAUGUAAAGUAAGUACGUAUCAACUUUACACAAAACGCAUAUUGUAAUUAUUCUUAAUUAUAAUAAUACACCUAACCUGUAUUUAUAAAGUACCUAUCUAAUUAACUUUCUUUGGAGAACUAGUAGUGAAUGAAAGGCAGGUACCUACCAACAUGUAACCUAUACGGAUGCGGAUAUUUAUUUAUUCAAAUGUCUAUGUCAAUGUGGCAAUGGUGCGAUGCUUAUUUGUCGUUACCUAUACUUGAUAUUGUUUACGCCAUACAAUGAGUUUAUUAGUAUAUAAUUCGUUUGCUGUAGAAUGCAACUUGUGAUAUAUUAAGAAGGUUUUUACUAAAUGUGUGACACUGCGACGUUACCACUAUUAUCAUUAUGGUAAUUGGUAGGUACAUCUAAAAAAGCCAUAAAUCAUUCUUAACGUUGAAAAAACUACUGCUCUAGAUUUUGUUCACAAUCUCAAUCUCUUCUUUGUCUAUAGUGUCAUAGUCGUAAUGUCAGGUGUAACCAUUUAUUCUGCAUCCGUAUAGCUCCACUACUGUGAUUCUAAAGUUUUCACACUUACAAUGCAAUGGUGCUUGUUUACACAUCCCGUCUAUCAUUAUUUAUAUAAUAAGUAAUUAAGUAAAAGCUGUGUCUUAUACUGUGUGAUGUUAUAUUUUUAGAUUGUUUGUAAUUUACAAAGUCUACUAAUAUGUUUCAAAUUUUACGUUUUAGUUCUAAUGAUUCUUAUUAUAAAUACUUACCUUUAAUUUAUUUGUUAGUUUCACUGUCAUUGUUAUACACUAAUGAAAACGGUAAUUGAUAUCUACUGGACAUUCAAAGUAGCUAGAACUGUUCUCCAUCAACCAAAAGCGUUUGGGGUCCUCUUAAAUUGAACUUGGAGAGUAAGACUGUAAUGUCCAUACGUUGGCAACCUAAAAUCACAGAUAUACCUACAUUUGUAUAUGUUUAUCUGUUCUAAAAUGAAAAAAAGGUGAUUUAACUAAGUCAUACAAUUCUAAAAUACAUCAAUUAUUAUUUCUCAAAUUAUAACAAUCCAGUCUUAAGCUUCAAGUUAUUUUGUAUGGUCAGUUUAUAUAAUAACAUUUUAAAAGAGAACAACAUAUAUCUACCUAUAUACUACUUAAACACUUGUGAUGAUAACUUCUAGUCAAAUUUUUACAAAAUCACAGUGUGGGAAAGUGCCAUACUUUUUGUUGUAUAGAUAAAUAGUUCUGUGUGUGACCAUUUCUUGAGUGAACUUGCGACCAGUCUAGUCCGCACUCCCAAGAUAAUGGAUGCACAACACUGGGUUUGCAUCAAAAGAUACCCGCUAGGUAGGUUAUACAUAUAUCAAAAUUAUUUGAAUUGAGUGAUGUUCUAUAAAUAAAUUAACAAAGUAAGAUGUACAGAAAAAUGGAAGAGAUACAAUAUGUAAUUACAAUGCUUGUAAUGUGUAAGAUAUUUUUGUGUAACGUAAAUUUGAAUUUGUCAAUGUAUAAACAGAACAAUAACAUGCAGGAAUUGAACUACGGAUUUUAGUAGUAGCCCUGUUAACAAUUUUCAAUAUUUGCACAUAAGGAUUGUUAGUGUUAAAAGUAUGAAUGCUCCAUUUUGUCUUGUAUACUACUUAUAUGAAUAAUAAGGAAAAGUAUUCUUUUAGAAGUAAAUACUUUAAAAGAUCUUUCAAAGUUAUGAUGUAUACAUAACUUAAACCCCAUUUAUAUAAAGCACAACAUAUCUGUUUUGUUUUCUAAAUAAUUGCAAUUUUAUAGUCAAGGUUUUAAGAAUUAAAAGUAACAAUAAUGUUUAAAAGUUGUGUAUUUUUGUUGUUAAAAGAUUAAUUUCUAGAUUUACAGAAAUUCUUAUCAAAUGUUAUCUCUAUACAAAAUUUUUUAACGUAAUGUACAUAUUAUAGAAACUCAUAUCUGCUUAAUCUUACCAUAAAAUAUCUAAACAUUUAUUAUUUAUUAACAUAUCAUUGCCAGAAAAAGUAAAAGAUGUAUCUUAUAUUUGCAUUAUUAUAUGCAAUAUUUUUGAUGUCCUUAAUGCAUUCAUACGAAAUUAUUAAAUUGCUGUUAAUUGGUACAAAUUUUAAUUU